AACGCUUCGAGACUUUGAAGUUGAAUGUUCAUGUAUCAGAGCUGCGACUUGCCAACAUAGGCAAGUCUGGGAAACAAAGUCUAGUCUUGGCAAUUGGCACUCGGCACGCAACCGUGUGUCAGCUCGCUCGUCCAUGACUGAUAUUCGUUAUUCAUCACGGAUCGCCAAAGCGCAGGCGUCAGCAGUGACUUCCAGGUCUAAGGCCGGAACGCACCGCCCAUAGACCUUGCCUAUAACAGCAACGAGAUGGGGUGGGGCAGUCUUUAAGUAUGGUACGUGUGCAUAGCACGUUUGAUUUGCCGCAACUUUGCCCCUAUGGAGGCCUUUGGCGAGAUAAUCGAAUGAAAGGCCUUUAAACCCCUGAAAUAUUAUCGCUACUGCAAGAGCAAGUUUCAGCAGGUCCCACCAUGACAGGCCUCCACAUCGGCGGCAGCAUCUUGCCAGCCGGCAUCGACAUCGACAUCACAUCAACAGUCAAUGAUAUCCUUCUCCACAGCAGUCGACCUCCGCACGGUGCGGAAAAGUCUCCGAGCGUCUUCGCGCAAUAUCUGUCACAGCGGGCGGAGUUGGCGCGGGAAGCGGUACCUACGCUGCUCAACCGCUCACGCCAGGCGCAAGUGGAUCAAGCAAGCAUAUCCAGUGCUCUCAAGGUACCGGAAGUUUUCGACGAGAGGGCUCGGCUGUACAUCAAAGUGGACUGUCGCCGAGCGUACUUCCCUGGACAGACGGUAGAGGCAAUUCUUGCGGUCGAUCAGGAAUGGCUGGAAGCUGGACCGCCAGCCCUCGAUGGCUUCUCUGAGGUCACGGUCACUUUCGAAGGCAGGGUAUCGUCGUAUGGAGUCGAGAACGUUACCACAAAUACUGUCAAGCACGAGGAUAAUCCACUCUUUGAAGAGUCGUAUUCCCUCAAACCCUACGUCGGAUCAUCUUCUUUAAUCCGGACCUCGACUGUCAACGGUGAAAGCAUCACAGGCCUCUCUCUCACACCAGUCGAAAAUGUCGAUGCUUUCCAUCCAAGUAGGUCGUCUCGACUCAAAGCCUGGCAUCUACGGGCUGUUUUCCCAGAAGCAGUGCACGCUUCUCGCAUGGUCGGCAACAAGAACUUAUUCACAAAGCGCAAGGAAACCCGCGCCAUACUUCUUCCUCCGUCAUUUCGUGAUGAUUGCAUAGGCGGCUCCAGUAGUCGCAAUGGUCAAAAUUCGGUGGUAUACCGCAUAUCUCUCAAAGGGAAACGAAUCAAGAAGGGGAAGGCACCCAGCUUUCUCGCCGUGCCUCUUCUAUUCCUACCGUUAGCAAUUGCGCCACCGCCAGCGUUGACGCUGGUCGACCUGCCAGCAUACUCGUACGAUGCCAGGUCUGAAGCAGAGAACGAAAAACGAUUUGUGACGUUGACAUGUCGUGAAAAGAUUCGAAAAGGCAUUGUCUUGGACAAAGCGAUCGUCACAGCCAAGGUGAUCAUGCCCCGACCUGUGCAUGUUCCUUCAGCUUGGGCUUUUCCUUUCAGCAUAUUAUGCAGCAUCUCCUCCAAAGACCCGAAAGAUUUAGACGAUGGCGGAUCGAUAUCUCUCCCAACACUCCCACUAUCGGGGGCACGUGACAGCUUUCCAGCGCUCAGCUUCAAGCGCGUGGAGACAUCCAAGGCUGACUGGGCGGAGGAAAUCGCCACGACGGUGUACGAUUGCGACACCAAGUGGGACGACGGCCAUCUGCGGGAUCGAGUGACGGAACAGGUACAAGACAUUGAGGCGCAUGGCUGGUCCAAGCCUGGUAUGGACCAGGACACCGGGAGAUGGACACGUCGUGCGCGGCUCGUUGGCACCGUGAAGAACAGCAUGCCUCCGCCGGUACAUACAUCUUCCCUCAUCGUUGAGUACCAACUCCACUUCUCCUGGAAGCUCAGUUCAGCCGUCAAAAUGAAUGGCUUCGUGACGAAUUGGCUGUCAAGCUCAGGUAUUGGCCCCGAAACCUUGCAUGCAAGCGAAGGGGCAACUCGAAUUGCUCUCGGUAGUGAUUAUGCGUCGCUCCGAGCUGUCGCAGACCCUAUUUUGGGACCGCCAGCGCAGCCCACUGCACAUCUGGCGGAUGACCUGCCAGCGUACGACUUUGGCUCGCAGCCAAAUACCAGCGCUCGGCCCUUCCCUAAUGAUCCCAAGCCCUCCUCGUGUUGCUGAAUUCCCUGGUCUAACUCCAAGCUGGAUUGCUUAAUCUACAAAAUUUGUGGAAUGUUGUAUGUACUAUCAUGCUGGUAACAACGCUCUUU